AUGACUAAAAUUGAAUUCACUGUAAACGGCCAAUUAUGUCGAGUGGACGAAAGUCUACCUCGAUAUACCAGCCUGAACGCCUACCUACGGUAUACGCUGGGACUGUCUGGUACCAAGUCGAUGUGUCAUGAAGGUGGAUGCGGCUCCUGCAUAGUAAUGGUGCGCGCCAAACGUUACACCACCAGCAUGGUUGAAACGUUCUCUGUUAACUCAUGCCUUGUACUGGUAUUUUCCUGUCAUGGCUGGGAAAUCACGACCAUUGAGGGCGUGGGCAAUCGCAACGAAGGCUACAGUGAGGUACAAAAGCGUAUAGUAGAAUUCAAUGGUACUCAGUGCGGGUAUUGUACACCGGGAUGGGUGAUGCAGAUGACAAGUUUAGAAGACAAGAACCUCACGAUGGCUGAACUAGAAAAAUCUUUUGCCGGUAUCAUUGACCAUUUUGAAUAUCCUCGAGUUCUCAUCGACAUUAGUGGUGUCAAAUCUCUCAAAGGCUGGUACCUUGAUCAGAACUUGGUGCUGGGGGCAAAUGUAUCUCUGGAGGAUGCUAUAAACAUUUUUAAGGAAGUUUCUGAGACACGGACCGAGUUUGCCUACUUGUCAGAGUUUGUUAAGCAUGUAGAACUGAUUGCUAAUGCCCCUGUUAGAAAGAUUGGUUCAAUAGCUGGUAAUCUGAUGUAUAAGCGAGCGAUACCAACCUACCAGUCAGACCUGUUUCUCCUAUUUGAGGGUGUUGGCGCCUACAUCAAUGUCCGAAACGUCAAUGGAAAGGAAAAUAAAUUAGAAUUGCUAGACUUUCUGAAUUACGACAUGACAGGCAACCUGAUGAUAAACGUGGUACUGCCGCCCUUGAGUAGCUCACAUAUUUUGAGGAGUUAUAAGAUUAUGCCACGAAAUCAAAACGCCCUUGCAAUUGUUAACGCUGCCUUUUUACUUGAAUUCGAAUCUAAAAAAAAGAUCAAGUCUGCCAAAAUAGUGUACGGGAACAUUGAUCCUGAAUUCGUGCACGCGACUAAUACAGAAAAGUAUUUGGUCGGAAAGAACGUGUUUUGUGAUCACACUCUCCAAGAAGCUAUCAAAGUUUUGAAUGAUGAGUUGCUACCUGUUGAAUUACCUGGAGAACAAUCAAUCGAGUGCCGAAAGAAGUUGGGACUAGGCCUGUUCUACAAGUAUAUUCUCAACAUAGCCCCAAGUGGCACAGCUUUAAACAAAUACAUAUCUGGUGGAAAUUUGCUCUCCCGGCCAGUGUCUACGGGGAAGCCAGACUAUCAGACCCAUCCUUCAUUGUUCCCCUUGAACCAGCCUAUAAAUAAGUUAGAAGCUGAAAUACAAGCCUCCGGAGAAGCUAUGUACGCGAAUGACUUACCUCCACUGCCUAGGGAAGUGUUUGGAGCAUUCGCGUUGUCGACAGUAUAUUCUGGCGAAGUUGAUACUAUUGAUGUUGAUGAAAUUAUGGCAAUAGAGGGCGUCGUAGCGUUAUAUACAGCCAAAGAUAUUCCAGGAGUGAAUUCCUUUACCUUAGCUGGACUUCCAUUACAAUUACUCGAUGAAGAAAUACUCGCUACAAAAAUAAGGUACCACGGCCAAGCAAUAGCCAUUGUAGUAGCAAAAACGGAAAAACUCGCAGAAGAAGUGGCGAGGAAAGUAAAAGUAACCUACAAAAAUGUAAGCAAUGUCCCUCCUGUAUUAACCAUAGACGCUGCAAAAAAAGACAGUAAUAGAUAUAUUGCUGGUGAUCCAAAAAUAGACCCUAAGACCCGAGGGACUGAUGUAAAGAAAGUUAUAAAAGGAGUGUACGAAAUUGAGGCACAGUAUCUUUAUUAUAUAGAGCCUCUGACUUGUGUAGUUAUUCCAACCGAUAACAGUCUCGAGAUAUAUGAUUCAACGCAGUGGAUGGACCUAACGCAAAUUGCUGUAGCGCGGUCUUUGGGAAUUUCUGAGAGCGAAAUCGUAGUCAAAGUCCGGCGUUUGGGAGGUGCCUUCGGUGGCAAAAUCAGUCGUGGUGCGCAGGUAGCUGCAGCAUGUGCGCUAGCCGCCAAGAAACUGAAUGUCCCAUGCCGGUUUAUACUGCCUCUGCAGACUAAUAUGUCUAUGAUAGGUAAAAGGAUGCCUGCACAGUGUGAUUACGAGGUGGGUAUCGACGACAAUGGUAAAAUCCAAUAUCUCAACGCCACGAUAGUUGAAGACAAAGGCUGUACAGCGAAUGAAGAUAUUUUAUAUUUUACGGCAGCAGGAUUCCCUAACUGUUAUAACACUGAAACUUGGACUUUGAGGACAGCUAAUGUAUUGACUAACCUACCAAGUAAUUCCUUUGCAAGAGCACCAGGUACUUGCGAAGGUAUCUGUAGCAUAGAACAUAUAAUGUCGCACAUUGCUUUUGCUGUUGGGAAGGAUCCAACCGAAGUGCGUAGCAUAAACAUGAGAACCGAAGACAACGAUCUCCUAGAGCUAAUCGAAAAAUUAAAAGCAGAUGUAAACCAUGAAAAAAGAGUAAGAGAGAUUGAAAAUUUUAACCAGACUAAUCGUUGGAUGAAAAAAGCCAUCUCUGUUAACGUCAUGUCUUUCCCUGUCGUUUAUUAUGGAAACUAUUCAGCUCUAGUGAGUGUUUAUCGAGGAGACGGUACAGUAACCAUCAGUGUUGGAGGAAUUGAAAUGGGACAAGGUCUUAACACCAAAGCUGCUCAAGUAUGCGCUUAUGAGUUAGGAAUUCCAGUGGAUCAUGUGAAAGUAGUGCCUCAUUAUUCAUUUGUAUCGGCAAAUAACGUAUUUUCCGGUGCCAGCAUCGCAACGGAAAGUGUCUGUUACUCUAUAAUUAAAGCUUGCGAACAAAUUAAAUCGAGGCUUUCUGAAAUAAGAAAAUCAAUGCCUGAAGGAAAAUGGGUAGAUAUUGUCAAGAAGGCUGGUGAAGAUCAAGUUGAUUUGUGCGCAUUAUAUAUGAUGAAGGACUCUGAUCCGGCGUUACAAGGAUACAAUGCGUAUGCUGUAGCAAUAGCUGAGACCAAAUUAGACGUAUUGACUGGAAGGUUCCAGAUUGAAAGAGUGGACAUCUUGGAAGAUGUAGGAAUCAGUGUUAAUCCUAAGUUGGAUAUUGGCCAGGUGGAAGGCGCAUAUAUUCAAGGUGUUGGUUACCUUACCUGCGAAAAACUUCAUAUUGAUAAGGAAACUGGUAAAUUACUAUCAAACCGAUCUCUGACCUACCACGUACCUCUAGCCCUUGAUAUACCCGUCGAGUUUAAUGUUUAUCUUCGAAACAACCACAAGAAUCCCAAAGGAGUACUAGGAUCUAAGACUUGCGGUGAAAUGGGUAUGUGUACAGCACAUGGAGUCACACAUGCGUUGAGAUCAUGUAUUAUGGAGUCUAGAAAAGAUUCCGGAUAUAACACAAAUGAGUGGCUUCAUAUACCUUUACCGUACGAAACCGAAGUUAUACUGAAGGCGUUGAAUGUGAAGACCGAAGAGUUCCUCUUAAGGAAAUAA